AUGGCGCAAAAUAGCGCCAUCCUCGGGCAAUUUCUAUAUUUAUUUGCUACAUUAAUUCACUCAACUUAUAGAAGCAAUAAAUUAAUUGACUAUGAUGAAUUUCAAAAACUUUGCUCUUUAGAUGAAAAUUUUUCUAGAUAUCUCUGACCAUUUUAUCAAAUUAUGCUGAUGGCAAUGCAAAGGAAAAUGCUGCAUUGACUUCAGGGGCAGAUAUCUUAA